AACUGCGACGGGAAAUCCGAGUGAUUCAACAAGCUGUCAGCUGUUCUUGUUUUGCUUCGGUUUUUCCCCUUCUUCUUUCUCCAGAGUGUCUGAUCUCUCCUGUAAUAACUAAGAACAUUUAUGGAACUCUGAUUUGGAUUCUAAAAACACCGGAAAUACGGAAUUCAAAACACCCAGGCCUAUGAUUAGAUCGGUUUACUGUUAAAAAGGCGAUCGAGAUUUCUUCUCAGCUUGUUCCUCAAUCCGACGCUAUCGUGCUAAGAGGCAAAACCGAUCCCAGGCCUCCGAUCCAGGGCGGAGGGAGGGAAAGAGGUCGCUGGGAAUCGGGAUGGAGACGGGAGAGGGAGCAGACGGUCCUAGCGGACCGGGUGAACCGGGAGCCGGGCCGGGGACGGAUCUGGCGGGGCUUGGCUGCGCCUCUUUCAACCAGGACUCCACGUCAUUGGCAGUGGGAACCAAGACAGGCUAUAAGCUGUUCUCUGUGACCUCAGUGGACAAACUGGACUGCAUCUACGAGAGCGAGACCCCAGAUGUGUACAUCGUUGAGCGGUUGUUCUCCAGCAGUCUGGUGGUGGUGGUUAGUCUCUCCAUGCCCCGACGUAUGAACGUCUACCACUUCAAGAAGGGAACGGAGAUCUGCAACUACAGCUACAGUAACCACAUCCUCUCUGUCAGACUCAACAGACAGAGGCUGGUGGUGUGUCUGGAGGAGUCAGUCUACAUACACAACAUCAAAGACAUGAAGCUGCUGAAGACCCUACUCAGCACGCCCUCCAACCCCUCAGGUCUGUGUGCUCUGUCCAUCAACCAUUCCAACUCCUACCUGGCCUACCCAGGCAGCUCCACCAUCGGAGAGAUCAUAGUUUAUGACGCCAACAACCUGAGCACUGUGACAAUGAUCCCGGCCCAUGACAGUCCCCUGGCUGCUCUCACCUUCAACGCAUCAGGCACCAAGCUGGCCAGCGCCUCGGAGAGGGGUACUGUAAUCCGUGUGUUCUCCAUCCCAGAGGGACAGCGUCUGUUUGAGUUCCGCAGAGGGAUGAAGAGGUACGUCAACAUCAGUUCCCUGUCCUUCAGUCCUGACGCCCAGUUCCUCUGUGCCUCCAGCAACACUGAGACCGUACACAUCUUCAAACUGGAACAGCAUGGACCCAGUGGAGAGGAGGAGUGUCCUACCUGGGGAUCAUACGUAGGGAAGAUGUUCUCUGCAGCCAGCAGCUACCUCCCAGCCCAGGUGUCUGGAGUGAUGAGUCAGGAAAGAGCCUUCGCCACUGUACGCCUCCUAGUGGCCGGGCAGAGGAACGUCUGUACCCUCGCCACGAUCCAGAAGCUUCCUCGUCUGCUGGUGGCCUCCUCCGACGGACAGCUGUUCAUCUAUAACGUAGACCCUCAGGACGGAGGAGAGUGUGUCCUGGCUCAGAAACACAGGUUGUUUGGUGAAGAUGAGGACAAGGAGGAGGGGGUGGAGUCAGAAGGGUCAGAGGUCACGGUGCCCGUCCAGGCAUGUCCAUCAUACGCCGCCACUGUUGCCAUACCAACCACCGGCCCAGUCACUACCACGCUCACAGGUUACUCUGAGGAUGGUGGGGCUAAGAAAGGCGAGGUGAUCCCAGAACAUGAGUUUGCCGCGGGUCCCGUCUGUCUAGAUGAUGAGAAUGAGUUUCCUCCAAUAAAUUGGUGCCGCGACGGAACUCGAGGUGGCCAGUGGCGCCGUCUGUGAGGGUAGAACGAAGGAAGAAAGGACAGGAGGACAGGCGGGCAGACGGACAGACAGACAGACAGGUGUUAGAACACACUAACACCUGGUCUGGAACCACUUACAGGAGGGCCGUUGCAUGAGCUAGGACAAAGUAAACGAGAGGGAAAAAAUACUCUUGUUUUAGGGUGCUAAGUUAUUUUUUAAUUAAGUGAUUAAAAAAUAAAAUAAUAUUGAUGAUUUCUAAUUGGAGGGGGGGGUGGGUGUUUGUGAGCCGGUGUGUUACAGUCCUGGGUCAAAUAUAUAAUGUCAAACACUUUCAAAUACCACUAUGUCCUAAAAGGCACCCCUGUUCCCUAUUUAGUGCACUACUUUUGACUGGGGCUCUGCUCAAAAGUAGUGCACUAUGUAGGGAAUAGGGUGCCUUUUGGUACACAGUCCAGGGCUGUGCUUAGUUUAGUUGAGUGGUUCCCAACCAUGGGUACUAGGACCGACUUGAGAAGACUCAUGAGACCAUAGGCCUACUGGUAAAAUGCACAUGAGGGGGUAAAUCAGGUGUACUCCGGGCAGAGCAAGAUUCAGUUGGUGGUAAAGUAACCGAAAAAGGUUGGGAACCACUGGUUUAGUUUACCCUGUAUAAUGUAACCAAUGGAAUAUUCCCAAAAGGGCAAACUCCAAGCUAAAUCAAGGUCACAAAGGCUAUGUCUCAAAUGGCACCUUGGAAGAGCAGUGGAAGUAUUAGAGACCAUGGAAGUGAUCCGUCUCUGCUGUGUUAAGACUCUACUGUACGAAGUGCACGACUGACAUGUCGGAAAUAUAACCACGUUUUUUUCAUUGCUACAUACAUUACUUGACAAAAAUAUUUUAUAAUAGAAUAAUUCAAUUGUUUAAUUUUUAGCAUCAUCACAACUUUGUAUUAUGUUUGUUAUUAUUAACAUAAAGAUUAGGAGUUUAACCGUUUUUAUUAUAAUGUUGAUUUUGUUUUAAUUCUGUGUAUCUGGAUGUAUUGAUACUUAUUAAGUGUUUACAUGUGCGCCUCUGGGACACGAUCCAGCAGGUCGUUUUGUAUGUACGUGCCGAUGAUAUCAUUUGUAAAAGUGCGAAGUUUGCGGAUUGCACAAGACCAAAAAAGAAACCACACAGAAACCAACAAAUAAAGAACUAGACUUCAGUAGGAAUGGAAUUAUGCAAAUCA